AACUUCGCCCUGAACGAAUGGUCGGUGAUCAAAUAGCCUAGUCCAAAUCUCACCAGUGUCUGCGUAACCGCAAGCGACGGGAAAAAACAAAAUGAUUAUUACAACAAAAAAAAGAAGAUAAUCGUGAAUGCAAUUAAAUAGUCAACUUUGCGCUUAGGAUUCAAUUAAACAUCGAAACUAAUCUAAGAGCUACUCUACUGAUGCUCGCACCUUUUAUGACGGACGCCAUGUUUGUUGUUGGAAAACACAUGACCCGCACCUUCUGACACGUUCGUAAACACCCCACCUACGCCUGUCGCUGUUGCUGCAGUUGUUCGGCAUCGCAAAUUUUACGCAACUGCAUCAUGAGCCGAAAAAUUCGAAUUCUAGAUCCGUAUCGUGCUUCGAGUUUUGAAAUUUAGUGCAAAUGUGGAACAUUGAGUGCGGACAAAAAGAAAUCUUGAAUUGUAACCUUAAUCAAUGCACUCCAAAACAUAAGUUGAAUCAUCCCUUGUCAGCAUGAAGGAGGAAUACGAGUUUACUGAUGAGUUUCCUCAAAGUCCUAAGGAAAGCAAAAGCGGAAUUUUGUCUAGUAGCUCGGACUUGCCUAUAGGCAUCCGACCUCGUCCUGUUAUUUGCAAACCUGGUAAUGUAAAUGUUACCUGCAAAUCGGAGCCCAUCGAAACUAAAAGACCCUGGGCACCAGGAGCUUGGCAGGAUGCCACUCGAACUAGUGCAUUUCAGCCUUAUAAGCCUCCUACACUGUUGACAAAUUUACAAAGAGGUAACACACAAACUGAAAUUCCUUUAGCUUAUGGAGGUGGAGAUGUGACUUUUUAUACAUUAGCAGGUCAGGGUGAACUUACAGCUGACAAUAUUCAUGCAGCAACUGUAGAUACACCAGAUGAAAAUGGUCUUACUGGACUUAUGUGGGCAGCUGGUUAUGGCCAAUUAAAUAGUGCAACACUUCUACUAGAGAAUGGGGCAGAUAAAAACUACAAAGGAUCUCAUGGUCAAUCACCUUUGCAUCUAGCUGCAGCUUAUGGACAUCAUGAUGUUGUAAAAUUGCUCUUGAAUUAUGGUGCUGAUCCUAAUGCAAGUGAAGAUGAGGGAAACACACCUUUGAUUUAUGGAGCACAAGGUGAUCAUCCACACGUUUGUUAUGAACUUUUGACAAGAGGUGCAGAUAUAACAGUGACUAAUGCCAAUGGACUUAAUGCUUACAAAGCAGCUAUACUCAAAAAUGCAUCAACAGCUAAAGCAGUAAUUGAAAAUUUUCUUGUACAAAAAAUUGUGAACUUAUCACCAGAUAUAUUUUAGUAAUAAAUAAUGUUAAUACAAA